ACAUGCUCCUCCAUACGAAACUCGAAUUGAUUCACCCAACACCCAGACCACCUCAACGAGUCAGCUUCGUAUUCCGAGAUCGAUCGCACGAAACUAAUCAAGUCUACGUUGUCUCCGGCGAUGGCGCAUGGCGAGUCAUGGGGGUGGGCCACGACGCUCAAGCAGGCGGCCACCAUCAACUCGCUCCCUCCCGAGUGGCUGCCCUUCGUCGACCGCGACGCCCACUGGCCCGCCGCCCUGCGCCAAAGCGCGUCCGCCAUCGAGCUGCAGCUCAACUCCGCCCGCGCGUGUGUCCCAACGACUUCCGCGAAGCACCGCGACGCUGGUAACCAGCUCGGCAGCGCGUCGGUGGACUGUUAUUCGCAGUCGUCGGGUCUGUCGGACGACGAGAUCGCGGUGGCGGCGCACAUGGCGCGGAUGGUGCAGGCGGACGCCUCGUCCGCACCCAACCACGCUCACGCCCCUGCCUCUCAAUCCGGGCCGUUCUUCCAUUUCCUCGAUUGCCACGCCCAAACCGGAUCCCAGCCGUCCGUUGGAGCACCGCAGCCGCCACGGCUGGAGUCCGUCGACUCCUUCAAGAGCCUAGCGGACUUGGCGGCGCGCUCCGCAUUCUCCCCCAACGGUGCCGCGUCCCCCGCUCUCUCCCAGUGCGCAGCUGCGGCGUUUGCGCUUUCGCGAUCGUCCUCCGAAUUGGACGGCUGUGAUCUGAGCUUGUCGCUGGGCAGCCCGUCGAGCAAUGGCGGGGCGGCGGAGGCGGACAUGGCAUGGGCGGCGGGCGAUGCGGAGGCGUGGGGCGCGGAGAUGUCGAUGGAGCAGUCGGGGGAGAGCGGGCAGGGAGGGUGCACGCGGGGUGGCGGGCAGCAAGCCGACAGCGCCUGCGCCGACGGCUGGCUGCUCCUCGCGUCCGUUGCGGGCGGGCAGUCGCACACUCGCUGACGUGGCUUGGCGUGGAAAUAUCUGAUACGCGAUACUGCUAGGCUGCUAGGGUAGGCUAGGCGGCAGGAUAGAUAAAGUAGACUGUAUCAUAUCGACGUACUGUACAAAAAGGAUUGUUUUGACCAUUCCUUGCCUCCGAUUCC